AACCGGCAAGUGCGUUUGAGAGGAGAUAUGAUGGCGGAUUACGAGCGUAACAGGAGGGACUCCAGCGACGAUGGAGGGCCGCAGGAGGAGGAAGGCAGAGUGAAAACUAAGCCUGUCUCUUGUAGCACUGUGGGGGGAGAAGGGACCGCAGUCAAGCGCACCUCCCAGCACCUCACUCCUGAAGAUGAAGAUGAGUCCUCAGCAGACCCACCUGCACCUUGCAAAGUCUCCAAAAUAGGCUUUAGCAUGAGCAGUCAGAUGGCGAAGAAAUCGAACCCCAUAUCUAUCAAACUUGGAGCAACAAAACCUAAAGAGCCUGCACCAGCAGCUCCUCCAAAAAAGCCAUCUGUUUUUAAUGAAGACGAUGAUAGUGAACCAGAGGAGAUGCCUCCAGAAGCUAAGAUGAGGAUGAAGAACAUUGGCAGGGAGACGCCAACGUCUGCAGGACCUAAUUCCUUCAACAAGGGCAAGCAGGGCUUCUCUGAUCAUCAAAAACUUUGGGAGAGGAAGCUGAAGGCUCAAGCAGACAAAUUGUAAAUGACUGCCACAGAUUUUGUCACUAAUGAAUAAUUUUGUAUAGAUUAACCAUGUCAUAUAUCUUUAGAGGCUUAAAUAAUUCCUCACUGUAGCCUUGGUUUUUACAAUUUUUGAGCUAUGUGGACAUGUCAUGAAGAAUACUUUAAGCCUUUCUAUGAUUGAAACUGAACCCGCAUUUACCUUUCUAACCACUACUGGCUGACCCUGAGAGGAGAGUUGCCAGACGGUCAAGCCUCUACGAGAGGUGUGGAUGGGCGAUGGAGGGACGAGACAGACAAAUAAGCGAAAAUAUUGUUUAAACUGUUUAAAAUUUGCAACUGUUGCUUUCUGCUGGCGAAUGAGAAAAGCUAGUAGAGCCCUCAUGCUCCCUGUGUGAUGUAUUUGUUCCUAUCUGAAGCUGGUUAGGCGUGGUGCUGAGCAAAUGUGUUGCUUGUCUAUUUGUGUAAAAAUGUACACAGUCAGCGUGACAGUGAUUUGUUCUGAAAUCCACAAAUUGGAGUGUGAGUGUUAUGUGUUGCAGAGAAAGUAGGUGUACAAAUGAAUGUUUGUGUUUAAUUUAGUUUCUAAAACUCUAUGUCCAACCCUUUGUUUUCGCCAGCUGUGCCAUCUCAGAGGUCGUCUUUUUUUUCUCCAUGUAUUUGUUUAAGCUUUCGUGCUAGUGUUAUUUGUUUCGCCUGCUCAACUAUAUUUCUUUUUGAGUCGCUGAAUGCAAUAGAGAUGUGGUUGUAUCUAUAUUUAUGUUCCCAACUUAACAUGUAUUUUAAUUGGCAACUUUGAAAACCAGAAACCUUCAGCCGUGACAUGGACUUUAGAGUUCUGGUAAACAGUUGUGAAUUAUUUCUAAGUGGUUCAGAUAUAGGUCAUUUGCAAGCUUUUUUUUCAUUGCCACUUCAAUGUCACAACUAUUGCUUUAAUCCUUUUAUUUCAGAUAAAUGUCACACUUUACCCUGUGCCUGAAACUCUUUUUGGAAAUCCCCCUUGAUGAGAAAUAUAAACACUGAAUUCC